CUGUUUGUGUGUCGAAGGAAGACGGACAGUCGGAGAGAGAGAGAGAGAGUCACAAGCCAACGAAAAACCAGCGGAGAUUGUUAACAUGCCAGUGUAUUUUUUUUUUUUUUUUAAGCUUGAAUCUCUAGUUUCCCCAUCGACGUUGUGGAUAAUAACACGGCUUGUUUAGCUGGUUGUUAAAAGGAGGUUGUGUUUGAACUUCCCUUCAUAUUCCUGCCCAACGUAUUUCCACGAAGGGAGGCGGCGGUGGAGCGCUCGGCAGCCAUCUUUGGAGCUGCCUGGGAGUGGGAUACGACUAUCUGGCACCCCAGAUACUUCGAGGCUCUGACCACAUAUGAGACCACUGUCCUGCAGAUGAGCCAUCGGUGGGGGCUAUCCAGUCGCUGUCGCAGACCCAGAUAGUCCCGGGCGGCAGCGGCAUUGCCCCCUUGCUCCCCAUUAUGCCCAACAGCAGUCGGGCGGGGAGCCUGAAGGACCCCGAAGUUGCUGAUCUGUUCUUCAAGGAGGACCCAGAAAAGCUCUUUGCAGACCUGCGUGAGAUCGGACAUGGCAGCUUCGGUGCUGUAUAUUUUGCACGGGAUGUGCGGACAAAUGAGGUGGUGGCCAUCAAGAAGAUGUCUUAUAGCGGAAGCAGUCAACAGAGAAAUGGCAAGACAUAAUCAAGGAGGUGAAAUUCCUGCAGAGAAUACAACACCCCAACAGUAUAGAGUACAAAGGAUGCUACCUGCGAGAGCACACAGCCUGGCUGGUAAUGGAGUAUUGUCUGGGAUCCGCCUCUGAUUUAUUAGAAGUUCACAAGAAACCCUUGCAAGAGGUUGAAAUAGCUGCAAUUACCCAUGGUGCUCUCCAAGGCUUGGCUUAUCUUCACUCCCACAACUUGAUUCAUAGGGAUAUCAAGGCUGGAAACGUCUUGCUGACGGAGCCAGGGCAGGUCAAGCUAGCCGAUUUUGGUUCUGCGUCUAUCGCCUGUCCUGCCAACUCAUUUGUUGGGACUCCAUAUUGGAUGGCCCCAGAAGUAAUUUUAGCUAUGGAUGAGGGUCAGUAUGACGGGAAGGUGGACAUCUGGUCUUUGGGAAUAACCUGCAUUGAAUUAGCUGAGAGGAAACCUCCACUUUUCAACAUGAAUGCAAUGAGUGCCUUAUACCAUAUAGCACAGAAUGAAAGCCCCAUGCUGCAGUCUAGUGAAUGGACAGAAUAUUUCCGAAACUUUGUAGAUUCUUGCCUUCAGAAAUUCCCCCAGGAUAGGCCGAACUCUGAGGAGCUCUUACAGCAUGCGUUUGUCCAACGUGAGCGACCAGAAUCGGUUCUAAUCGACCUCAUAAGUCGGACAAAGGAUGCAGUACGGGAACUGGACAAUCUGCAGUAUCGCAAAAUGAAGAAGAUCUUGUUUCAGGAAGCCCACAAUGGACCCACAACCGAGGCACAAGAUGAAGAGGAGGAGCCCGAGCACAGUGUGAGUAGGACGGGUACAGUGAACAGCGUGGGGAGCAACCAGUCCAUACCCAGUAUGUCAAUCAGUGCCAGUUCGCAGAGCAGUUCGGUCAACAGCUUGACAGAUGCCGGAGACGACAAGAGUGAGGUGGACAUGGAGGGAGACCACACAGUUAUGUCCAACAGCUCCGUCAUUCACCUGAAACCAGAGGAAGAGGCAUACAAUGAAGAGUCAGAGUCUAACACCAGGCCAACAGAGCCCCAGUCACAGCCUGCACAAACUCCACGGCCUAAACGGAACCGCGAGCACUUUGCUACUAUUCGUACCGCCUCAGUGCUCACUCGGCAGAUUAAAGAGCACGAGCAGGAUUCUGAGUUAAGGGAACAGAUAUUGGGCUACAAGCGCAUGAGGCGGCAGCACCAGAAACAGCUGAUGGCUCUGGAAAACAAGCUGAAGGCUGAGAUGGAUGAGCACAGACUCCGUCUGGACAAGGAGCUAGAGAACCAGAGGAAUAGCUUUGCCCAGGAGAUGGAGAAACUGAUAAAGAAGCAUCAGGCGUCCAUGGAGAAAGAUGCAAAAACUUUUAGCAACGAUGAAAAGAAGUUCCAACAACAUAUUCAGAGUCAGCAGAAGAAAGAACUCAACAGCUUCCUGGAAUCCCAGAAACGAGAGUACAAACUUCGUAAGGAACAACUCAAAGAGGAGUUGAAUGAAAACCAGUCGACACCCAAAAAAGAGAAGCAGGAGUGGUUGGCAAAGCAGAAGGAGAACUUCCAACACUUCCAAGCAGAGGAAGAGGCCAAUUUACAGCGUAGACAGAGGCAGUAUCUGGACCUGGAGUGCCGCAGGUUCAAGCGGCGGAUUUUAAUCGCUCGCCAUAAUAUUGAGCAGGACUUGGUGCGAGAGGAGCUAAACAAGCGUCAGACCCAGAAGGAUUUGGAACACGCCAUGCUUCUCCGGCACCAUGAGUCCAUGCAGGAGUUGGAGUUCCGCCAGCUCAAUACCAUCCAAAGGACGAGGGCUGAGCUGACCCGCCUGCAGCACCAGACGGAGCUCACCAACCAGCAGGAGUACAACAAGAGGAGAGAGAGGGAACUGAGGCGCAAGCAUGUAAUGGAGGUUCGCCAGCAGCCCAAGAGCCUCAAGUCCAAAGAGCUACAGAUCAAGAAGCAAUUCCAGGACACGUGUAAGAUCCAGACCCGGCAGUACAAAGCACUGAGAAACCAUCUGUUGGAGACCACACCAAAGUCAGAGCACAAGGCAGUCCUUAAACGGCUGAAGCAGGAGCAGCACCGCAAACUGGCCAUCCUGGCAGAGCAGUAUGACCACUCCAUCAACGAGAUGCUUUCCACUCAGGCGCUUCGUCUGGAUGAGACUCAGGAGUCUCAGUGCCAAGCCUUACGAAUGCAGCUACAGCAGGAGCUUGAGCUUCUGAACGCCUACCAGAGCAAGAUCAAGAUGCAGACGGAUGCCCAGCAUGAACGCGAGAAGAAGGACCUGGAGCAGAGGGUGUCGAUCCGAAGGGCCCUGCUGGAACAAAAGAUUGAGGAGGAGAUGCUCUCGCUGCAGAACGAACGCUUGGAGCGAAUCCGGAGCCUGCUGGAGCGUCAAGCCCGAGAAGUGGAGGCUUUUGACUCAGAGAGUAUGCGCCUGGGUUUCAGCAACAUGGUGCUAUCGAAUAUCUCCUCAGAGGGGCUCAGCAAUAGCUUUCCCGGUGCUCCAGGAAACUGGAGUCACCAUCAGCAACUACACCCAUCAGGGAGCUCUCAAGGGCCACAGUGGGGCAGCGGGGGGUCAGGUGCAAGCCAUCAAGGUGGCCAUCACCACUAUCACUCCAGUCCAGGAGGGGCCGCUAUGCAGCAAGGCUGGGGGCAGGGCAUGCAGGGAGGUGGGGCUCCAUCACCGUGGGGCCACCCAUCAGCAGCAGCCCUCGUAUCCCGAAGCAGUGCAGGUGCACAGAACAGCCCCCAGGCGAUGGGGAGGACACCCUCAGGAGGGCGCAGUGAGCAGAGCAUGAGCAGGAGUACCAGUGUCACCUCUCAAAUAUCCAACGGGUCACAUCUUUCCUACACAUAGAUCUCCUGCUCGCCCUGGAGCUUGAGCGGGGAGAUGUAGAAUCCAAUACAACACAGCAGAACAGAGUGAUGGCGCUGGGCUCUGCUGCUUUGUCACUCCCUGCGCCUCAGUUUCUCCCAUGUACAGAUGUGGAUGUGUGAUCAAAAAUUUUUUGCUCAGGUCAAAAGGGCUGGAAAAGACGCAGCCCGCCCUCACGGCAGUUUAUCGGCACACAUGCAGAUCCUUAAAUUCAUGUUACAUGAGCAAUUUGAGUGUCAACAUACAAUACUCCCAUCGAUUUUUAUUUACAGCGCUCCUAUGGAAUUUUAAAACCUACAUGUUUUGUGCUAUUUGCAGCCAUUGCUCUCAUUUGCACAUCAAACACUUGUUAAACAGCCUUUGACAUGUGUUCACUAUGUCCUUUAAGCAAUGUGGUAUCAAACAAUCACAGGAAAGUGAUUUUAUUUAGCCCCCCUUCCUUUAACUCAGCUGAUUCAUCAUCAGUUAUACACUGGUUGAUGGUUUGAUUGCAGCAGGCCUAUCAAAAGUUGCUUUGCUGUUGUGAUACCAGCCUGCUGUAAUGGUCAUAGUGAUAAACUUGACGCCAACUUUUAACCAGCCAUUCUAUUUCACCUGAUUUCCCACCGGACAUCAGCCAAAAUGAGACAUCACAAAAUGAAUAGCCAAAUAAAAUCAUAAGUGAUUCAGGCUUAUCCUACAACACUACUACUGUGCCUUUUAACCUUUCAUGAUAGAAAUCUUGCUCAGAUGUUAUAGUUUAAAUUUUAAGAUUUUAUCAGUUUAUAAUCAGUGACAGUGCAUCUUUGGUCACAGAAAGGUUCAGUCCAUUCUGUGCUUGUACUUCCAGAGGACCCAAAUACUUCUCUCAAAUAGCUCUAUUCACUGUUUGCAGUAAGUUUUAGGUCAAGUCUUAUACAUGUUAAGAAAUAGAAAGUUACUUGUAUAUAUGAGUUACUAUAUUUUUAGGGUCUUCAGAGCGGCGGUACACUAGGGGUGAACCCCUGCGUUACAGAGAAUGUAAGUGUACACAUUCACAAGGGGCAAUAUGAGGAGAGACUAUUUGCCUUCAAAAACAAUCCUAGCAUUGAUCUGUUGGUUUUUAUUAGUGCCUUUUUAAAACUGCUGCCUUUUUAAAAGCACUUUAUACAGCUAGAUAUGUGUCAGUUUUUUCACAGAACUCCUGGUGGAUGAGUGUUUUGUCGGUACGCCUGUAGUUAAUUUGAGUAGUCAAACUAACUGUGCUGUGAUUUAUUUAAGGAGCAAUUUUCCCCCUCAAGUACAGACAAAGAACCUAGUGCAUGUCUACAUAAAGAAUGUGAGAGGAAGUAUUCCGCUGUAAGUGUUACUUCUGAAUUGUCACUGAAUUGAGGUUGCAAGGGUGCUGAGGUCAAAGAGUUAACUGAGAAGAGAAUCCAUUAUGUGCAGGCAGAAAGGUUAACGUUAUCCUCAUGACCAUGACAGCAGGCUUGGCACUACUAACAUACCUACAACACUGUUAAAAACAAUUUUGGGGCCCAGUUAACUAACACUACAAUAAAAGGGUAAAAAAUAAAAGGGUGCUUAGAAAUGUUACAACAUCUCAACAGAAGCAAAGAAUCAGGGUGACUGAAAGUAUGCUAUUGUAGCAUAGGCAUGUUCAUUUAAAAUGUUGUUAACACAAACCCUGAGAACAGCCAAAUACAAAAUGUAGAAGCAUGUAGGUAGUCAUUUCAUCCUUUAAACAGCACCUCUAGUAAUAUCUGUUUCUCUUCUCUCUUUUUCUCUGGUUUUAUUUUAAAUAUCAUCGGGGAACUCUGUGCCCUUUCAACCGCUUCUCAGUUCAACUUUCCAUUUCCCUACAGAAAAAAUGUAAACACUUUGUCGAAAAAGGCCUUCAUGUAAAAUGAUCCGGAGAAACUCCCCUGAAUCACAAAGCUGGAGUUAAAUGUUCAUAUGUGUAUAUUUUAUUAAAGAAAACAUUUAAAGACUAAACUCACUUUUUAAGAAAAUAAUUUCUAAAAACUAACUUUAUUUAACUGACAGACCACACUGAUAUUAGCCAAACAUUUCGCUCUCCAAGUGAAAGCCGCUGAGUUGUCUGGACAUAGCUCAUUGGAAGAUAUUCUUGGUUUGUGUGCACAGACAGAAUGCCUCAUAUGCAUGGAUUUGCUGUCAUCUUUUAAUGCCACUUAUUUAUUCAGGCAGCGAUCUCAUCUCGGCGUCAUCACUGCAGAGUUUGUUCUCCCAUCGCUGCACCCGUUUGACAUUUUGCCUCCCCCGCCCCGCUACUCUGAUUCAGAGCCAACUUUUCACAUGCUGGCUCUCUCUUGAGUAAUACUGUCAUACUGUGAUAUGUUCCUAUCACAUGUGAGGACACAAGAAUGCUGGGGUCUUUUUCUUAACUAGGUGGGAUUUGAACUUCCACAUGUAUGUAUCCUACCUAAAUUUCUACAUUAUAUCAAGUGACAUGGUUCGUUCCCCAAAAUCUCUUUAAUGCCAAGUGACUUGUUCCUGCGACUGUUACAGAGCAGGUUAUAGUCCUCAUUUCUUGUCUGAUUUGUUAUUUGGUAGGAAAAUGGGAAUGUAUUUAUAAUGAUCAGACCUUUAGUCAAAAGCCACAGCCAAGAGUUUGAAUGUUAGGCCAAUCGAACCUCACGUACAUGCCAACCUUUAGUUUGUAUGCGCCAUUCUUGUUCACUUUAAUGUCAGUGUUUUGUGAGUGAGGGAGUCCCGAUAAUUUUGUCAAUCAUUGUCAGUCAGGAAACCAUUCAACCAACCUGGGUUUGAUUUUAAUUUUUAAUUUUACAUUUGUUCAAAAUUGUGUUCUUCUGACUGAAAACAUGUGAGGAAACUGAAAAGGAAUAGGCAACAGAAAAAGGUUCUAAGUUCUAUGGUCAAACACUGUGCCAUACCCGAGUUGCCAAGCCCAGAUACCACUGCAUUGUCUCAUCUUCAUAUCUUAGGGGCUGGUGGCAUGACAUGUAAGACAACUAAAAUCAAAGUUGGUUCUGGUCUAGUGUCCAAAGAAAAAAAAAAAGAAAGUCUUGGAAAAGAGGAUGGGAUGACAGGCAAUUAAUGAAAAGAGAUUGCAUUUCUUUGAAGAUGUCAGUAUUCUUCUUUGGCACAUUACCACUACGACUCAUAACCUGUAUUAAACUGUAUAGAUGGUGGAAGUUGUUAUUGAAUGUCAGAGAUAUUAUGAAGAUACUACACAAAAGAUGGUCAAGUACUAAAAGUGGAUUUAAAUUGUGUAUAAAGACUCAUAAAACAGAAUAAGAAUAGGAUCAAAUUUAUUAUUUUGUUUGUAUUAUAUUUACCAUUGUGUUGGCAGAGGGACAUUGAACAGAAAUCAGCUGUAAUAAAGUAAUUUUAGUAUAA